AACAGAGCAGAGAUGAAGUUAAUAUGGGGAAGUCACCACAGGAAGUAGAUCCUUUAUUCAUGUUUAAGACGCAGCGCAUCAGAGACUUUGACAGUUGAGAGGUCAAGAACGAGAAAGAAGUAUGAUGGCUCAGUUUAGAUGGAUCAUAAUGGCUUCAUUUCUAAUGCUGCUGGUUCAGUUUACAGCAGCAGCUGGGAAGAAUUCCUACUCCACUGUCAGAGGGGGAGAUGAAGUCACUUUGCCUUGUGGAAAUACGAAAGAUGGAAAUGAUCAGGAUCAGUGUGACAGUACUGAAUGGCUCUUCACUGGUUCAGGAAACACAGUAACGCUGUUUGAACACGGGAGGAUUCACAAAGAAGCCAAAGCUAAAUCAGACAGACUGAGAGUUACAGAGAAAUGUGCUCUGGUCAUAAAGAAAGUCGCAGACGAGGAUGUUGGUCGCUACAUCUGCAAACAUUUCACAUCAGGACAACAUGGUGAAGACACUGAGGUUUUUCUGUCUGUUGUUACCAUGACUGAACAGAAGAACAAUGCUACGGUCACCUUGAACUGCUCUGUGUCGAGAUAUCAUGGGUGUUACCACACAGUGACGUGGCUGUAUGAGGGUAAUAAGACUGAUUUGAAGACAACACAGCUUGACUGUUCAGCCAUUGCGACAUUCAUAACAUCUCACCUUAAUCAGAAGUCAGAGAAGUUAUUUAAGUGUGACGUGACACGUGCUUACACAGGAAAAGUGCACCGGUUCACCUUCAGUCCUCUUCAGUCUUCAGGUGAGAAACCAGGAACUACAUGGACCCCAAACGAGGCAAACAAUACGGCAUCUGAAAACAACGAUGGAAGAAAACCAGAAGGCUGGUGGAGGAUCAUCGUCGUGUCUCUGGGUUUAGCAACACUCAUAACAAGUGUUGUGGUGGUCAACAUAUGAGCAAGAGUUACAGGAGCAUGAUGAUGGAAAUGAAGAUACGGUGCAAAACGCUGCAGAGCCUUCUACGUCUGUCUGAAUCCACUGAUCAACAACAUCAACCCACCACAGAGUCCACUGCUGUUAAACAUCAUCUCAUCAUAUUUUAUAUAAAUAGAUAACUAAAUGAUGUUUAUUUAUAUUUUAGUCUGAGCUAGACAAAUAUACUCAGGUCUUGAUCUGCUCUCAUAUUAAGAAGCCCCCUGUGAGUCAACUUCAUCUAAAACAGAU